CAGGUCCUAGGGCAGGGGAGCAGCUGACCCAAAUCCCUUGCAGGCCUUUUUCUUCCAGCGUGUGUGCGGGGGAGCGCCAAAGGACUGCUUUAUUCCAUAGCACUGCACGUCCCGGCUGCUGGAAAUUACCAGCUUGCUUCAGCCUUUGCACAGCGCUUCACGGAGCCCUGGGCAGCGACCGAGCUGCAUUAAAAUUCCUUGCUCCGAAGUCAGAGUCCUUACAAAACCCUGACACACCCCACAGCGUGAAGCCCUGGCAAUUGCUGACUCGGUUUCGCUGAGCAAUAACAGCACGUUUCCCACCAGCGAUUCCUGGUUUGUUGGGAUUAUACUCCGGUGCGUUCAGGGAAAAUGCCAAUGACAAUGGGAAACUCUGGUGGAAAGCUCUGAAGAGGGUGGGAGAAGCCACGGUGAAGAGUGGUGCUGUUGUGGAUAUACAGGACAAGAAGUGUUGCCAGCACUCUGCUUCAGUGAGUCAGUCGUAUGGCUUGAAGGGUGGAGCUGGAACCUGGCAUUUUUACCUUCAUGGAUCCCCUGAACGUGUCCUGGUACAAUGACGACACUGGCAACAGGAACUGGAGCAAGCCUCUCAAUGGGUCCGAUGAAGACCAGAAGCCUCACUACAACUACUACGCCAUGCUUCUCACCCUUCUCAUCUUCGUCAUUGUCUUUGGCAACGUGUUGGUGUGCAUGGCCGUGUCCAGGGAAAAAGCCCUUCAGACCACCACUAACUACCUGAUCGUGAGCCUGGCCGUGGCAGAUCUCUUGGUGGCGACUCUGGUGAUGCCCUGGGUAGUCUACCUAGAGGUGGUCGGUGAGUGGAGAUUUAGCCGAAUCCACUGUGACAUCUUUGUCACCCUGGAUGUUAUGAUGUGUACUGCCAGCAUCCUCAACCUCUGUGCCAUCAGCAUUGACAGGUACACCGCAGUAGCAAUGCCAAUGCUUUAUAACACACGCUACAGCUCCAGGCGCAGAGUCACUGUCAUGAUCUCCGUGGUCUGGGUCCUGUCCUUUGCCAUCUCCUGCCCACUUCUGUUUGGUCUCAACAACACAGACAAGAAUGAGUGUAUCAUUGCCAAUCCUGCCUUUGUUGUGUAUUCCUCUAUCGUCUCCUUCUACGUUCCCUUCAUUGUCACCCUGCUGGUAUACGUACAGAUUUAUGUAGUGCUCCGGAAACGCAGAAAGCGUGUCAACACCAAGCGCAACACCCACGGCCUGGACUCUGACACGCAGGCACAGCUGAAGGACAAAUGCACUCAUCCAGAAGAUGUGAAGCUCUGCACAAUCAUUGUCAAGUCCAAUGGGAGUUUUCCAGUUAAUAAGCGGAAAGUGGAGGCAGUGAAUCACAUGGAGGAGAUGGAGAUGGUGUCCAGUACCAGCCCCCCUGAAAAAACCAAACACAAACCAGCCAUGCUGAGUAACCACCAAUUGGUUAUGCCAGCCACUUCCAACCAGUACAUCAAUUCCACCCUGGAUUUGCCCUUGGACAGCCCCACGAAAGCGGAGAAGAAUGGGCAUGCCAAAAACAACCCAAAGACAGCCAAGGUCUUUGAGAUCCAGUCCAUGCCCAAUGGCAAGACAAGGACUUCCCUCAAGACUCUGAGCAGGAGGAAACUCUCGCAGCAGAAGGAAAAGAAAGCCACCCAGAUGCUAGCCAUUGUGCUUGGUGUUUUCAUCAUAUGCUGGCUACCCUUUUUCAUCACCCACAUCCUGAACAUGCAUUGCAACUGCAACAUUCCACCGGCGAUGUACAGUGCCUUCACAUGGCUCGGGUAUGUCAACAGCGCCGUGAACCCUAUUAUUUACACCACCUUCAACAUUGAGUUCCGCAAGGCCUUCAUGAAGAUCCUCCAUUGCUAAAUAAAGCCUGAGAGCAAGAUGAUGCCAUGCACACACCACAUACACACACACACACAGGCGAGUAGGGAGUCAUGAGGAGGCCUCAUGUUCUUAUAUAGGGCCAUAGGCCCAUGGUGUUAAGACAGUGCCAUGCCUACACACCCUUAUAGCUGGGACAUAAUGGGUGGCUUCAAGAGGGAUGCUCUCUCGUAUUCUUAAGGUGACCCUUGGACUCCGAGAUCAACCCAAAGGGCAGUUUUUAGAGGUACUCUCACACUGUGUUUGAAGAUACAGAAGCAAAAACUAAAACACACUCAUUUGAUACCUGCCUGUGGCCAACUGACCUCCAGUGCAUUAAUUGUGGACAUUAGCAGAGCCAGCGGUGGACAGUGAUUGGUCACUGUGCUGGUUGCUCACAUGUUAACAUCAUUGAUACAAUUCUCACCAAAGACACCGACAUCUUUUCUGCUUUGCAAUAGGAGCCAGAAAGCCAGAGCUCACAGGAACUCCAUGCAAUGACUUCGCCAUCACCUCCAGCUGACCAGUCCAGUAUCAAAUGGCGGAAGCCUUCAGACAAAGACUUAGAGAGAUGCCAACUGGGCUAAGACGGUUCUGCCAUCAUACAAGAUCCAAUAUUUCAGACAUAUGGGUCCAGGGGACGUGGGUGCAGGAGGAGAAUGGAAACCUGUAUCACAUAUGGUGUCAUAACACAAGUGUAAAUAUGAAUAAAUAGGAUGAAUUGAA